GACGCCGACCGUGCAAUGUCACCGGCGCGAUCAGGCGUUGCUUUACUAUGCCGGUUAAAUUUUACUCUAUUAUAUUCCUGGCAGUGAUAUAACCGUCAUCCGUCACCAUAUAAAACCGUAUUUAUCCACCUAUUUACCACUUAUCGCCCUAAUAAAUAUAUUCACCGGGAGAAGCCACUAGCAGUCCGAGCGCGGCAUCGAGCACACGCGGCUGAAAAAUCGUAAUUAAUUUAUUUUCCAUCGCCGUACAACGGUCGUGUCGUGAUCCCUGUAGUGACGAACGAACGAACACAAUGUCUGCCAAGAAUACGCAAACUGCAACGGCGUACGGUACGUUUCCGGAGCCCGACCAGAUCGUGGCCGCGUUCCCGUUGGACCGACCUGAUGUAGAGAGUGGCGCGCCGGCGCCCGAGGAGCCCGCUCCAGCCAAACCGCUGCUCGGGACCAGCUCGAUCCUCGGCCUGUCGGACGUGACCGACAACAAGCUGAUCUGGAGACAGCUGCUGGCCGAGCUGGUGGGCACCUUCCUGCUCACCUCCAUCGGCGUGGCGUCCUGCAUCGCCAUCGGCGACACAGCAGGCAACAUCACCAGCAUCGCUCUGGCCUUCGGUCUGCUGGUCGGCACUAUUGUCCAGACGAUCGGGCACGUGUCCGGCGGGCACAUCAACCCCGCGGUGACCUUGGGGCUGCUUGCGGCCGGCGAGGUCAAGGUCAUCAAGGCGCUGUUCUACAUCGUGGUGCAGUGCCUGGGCGCCGUGGCCGGCGCUGCCUUCAUCAGGUUGGCCGUCCCUGACAUUGAAGUGAAGUCUCCUGGAUUCGGCAUGACGCUACCCGGGAAAAACAUCACCGAUGGACAGGCAGUGCUCAUUGAGGCCCUGAUCACCUUCGUGCUUGUGCUGGUGGUCAACGGCGUGUGCGACAGCCGCCGCAAUGACGUCAAAGGCUCGGCGCCUCUGGCCAUCGGACUCAGUAUCACCGCCUGCCACGCUGCCUGCAUCCCGUUCACUGGCUCCAGCAUGAACCCGGCGCGCUCUUUCGGGCCCGCUCUCGUCAUGGGCUACUGGGCUAGCCACUGGGUGUACUGGGUGGGCCCAAUCUCCGGCGGAGUCAUCGCUGGCCUGGUCUACAGAUACGUCUUCCGCAUCGGCAAGACCGGCGAAUCCGGCUCCUACGACUUUUAAUCUUAUCCCCAAGCAGUAGAGCCUGGUUUCCAAGAACAGGCCUUCCUCGUCUCGAAAACACGCAGGUUUAUUUGAAAAGAUUAUAUCUGACGUCCUAAGCAAAGGUCGUAUGUCAAGAUACGGAAUUUUAGCUUAGCUUUAGGUAUGGUUUUAUUUUACGAACACGUGUGGUCUUGCUUAAAAGUACAAAGGCGCUACUCGAAUAGAUCUGUAUUCAAAUUCAAUCGUACGUAAUUCAAAGAACAGUUUUUUUAUUGUAUCGAUUUGUAGGGACUUUUUAUAGUACGCGGUAGGGAUUUACGGUGAAUUGGGUAACGCGUUUGUAUUUUUCAGUGUAUAUAGAUAGGUUAAGCUCAUUGAACAUUAAUUAUUGCCAUUUUGUUUUUUAUUCCAAAGUCUAUUUUAAUCAUAUCGAUGGGGUUAUACAAUAUACAUAUUUAAAUGGCUAUCAGCCUAUCACUCUUCAAAUUCCAAAGUUACGUUUGUUUGGAUAACUCUGUGCUUCUCUCGGUUCUUAAGUUGCACCUUUUUAUUGUAAAGGCUACGAAAACCAAAUAGUUAACCGUAAUCAUUUUAGCUUUCAUGUUUAUUGCUAUAACUUUAAUGUUACUAUAAUCCUACGCCUAUCUCUUUUUAUGUCCCCAUGUCGGUGUAACAUAGCGAUAGUUGAUUAAUGUAACUGCAAAAAAAAAAAACGGUUUUUACCUAUAGCCGAAAACUGAUAAAAUAUAACUUUUUGUUUGCAUAGAUACUACCAAUUUAAUGUAGGUAUUGUAUCCCUUUAUGAGCGUGACUUACCGCAAAAUAUCAUAUUCGUAAGAUUAUUAAAUCCACAUAAUUUAUGUCUUUAGCUCGAUGUCACGUACAGAAGGGGUAUACUAUCCUCGACACCGGUGUGGGGCCAUUUUAUCAAAUGACGGUAUGGUGCAAUCGGUGCUUCUUCUAACUUUACACUAAGUUAUAGGAAUUAAGUUAUUUAAGACUAUUUAUAUUAUGUGAAAUAGUUUAAGGUACAAAAUUAAAUUUAUACUCGAACAGUGGUAUUGUGAAUCAUAAUACUGCGCAACGUUGGUUUAUUAGCGGAACGAUUUGUCAAAGUAUAAAUAAAUACGUCUAUUAA